AUGCUGACGGCGGCCAACCUUCCAAUCCUACGGGCCUAUAUUGUAUUACUUCCACUGCAUAACCCGCCCGCCCGGCUGCUAAUUCUCCCCAGCCACAACCCCGUGGGCGGCCAGCACCUACCAGCUAGGCCAAACACGUUGACAGCCCGACAGUUAACGUGGUCUGUCCAGAGCUUCAGCUCCAUCUCGCCCAAACCUCACCCUUUAAAGACGCUUCCCAGCCACAAACCAUCUCACUUAUCUGCUCAAUCUGGAACAUACAGGGAGCUUUGCCAUGGAACAAGAGCUUUAAACAACGCAGCCUGUUUCGCGACCCUCUGCUACACAACUGACGCCGGAGCCUUUGCUGGAGACAUUUCAGGAGCAAUGGCCGGCAUAGAGAGACUAGAGGUCCAUAGCAGGUCCUACAUUGUCCGCUGGGUCAAGGUCGAGGAGGGGAACACCCUCUCCUGGAGUGUACAACCACAUAAAAAGUCCAUAAACUUCGGCAUCGUUAAACACCCCGGCAGCGAGGGCAAAGCGAGCCGAUUUGCCAAGAAAGAUGUCACGGCGCAGGAUCUCCUCUCCAGCAAGGGCUUUAUAUCGAUAAAAUGGUUUGGGAAGUGCGAGGCGGACAAGGUGUCCAUGGGGGCUUACGACGUGCCCCUCGGGCAGACGGGCAUGUAUGGCCUGGUCUUUGACAACACCUUUUCCAAGCAAACGUCCAAGACAGCCACAUUUGUCGUCCUGACAUAUCCUACCGGUGCGGCUCCACAGAGCGCCAACCAUCUCCCGAAUCUGCAGAUGCCGAAUGCUAGCCAGACCAGCUUGGGUAUGCAUGGCAGUCCGCCAACCCGAGAGGGAGAUCCCUCUGCCUCUGUGGAUAGCUUCCACAGCCACCCGAGCAAGGGCCAUGCGCGCACUGUAUCCGAAGCAACUAUGCCGGCCAAUUACCAUGUUGGAACACUUUCAAAGAGAAGACGUAAGAAGGGACAGGGUUAUGCUAGACGCUUCUUUUCCCUCGAUUACUCUACCUGCACCCUGUCUUAUUACUACAACAGGAAUUCCUCUGCUCUUCGUGGAGCAAUUCCAUUGAGCUUGGCUGCCAUUGCUGCCGAUGAGAGAAGAAGGGAAAUUAGCAUAGAUUCCGGUGCUGAAGUAUGGCACCUCAAAGCGCCCAACGACAAGGAAUUUCAAGAUUGGGCUCGAGCUCUUGAAAAGGCGAGCAAAUUGGCGAGAGGCCUUGAAAGCCAGCCGCAGCAGCCAAAGCUUGGCUUGCAGGUUGACAACCGCACUCUACAGCAAGACAACCUUGCUGGCCACCAUGGAGGCCGCGACGAAGAGGUUGAAUGGCAGCAGGUCGAAACCCUGGUUAGCCGCGUUGUUGGAACUCGUGAUGCGCUGCGCCGUCUAACCAAGGAGGUUGCGGCACUACCGAGACCGACGUCUUCGUCAUCGCACCACUUCCUGGGUCCACCGGGGAGUGCUAUUGAUGAAAGUGGCGAUGCAGCGGAGAAGAAGUCCUUCUGGAAACGCAAGUCUAGUAACUCCGUAUCGGCCUCAACCCCUCCGACGCUGCGGCCGGAUUCAGCAACGAUCGAAGACCACACUGAUGCGAACAAGCGCAGGUCUAAAGGGGCGACCCAGGAGGAAAAAUCUUUGCAGGAUCAUUGCGCGGCUUUGCUGGCCGACCUCGAUUCUGUUGUCAGUGAAUUCACCAUUCUCAUCAACAACAGCAAACGACGCCGGAUACCGGUGCCCAAGUCUGCUGAUGCCGCCUCUCGCCUGAGCUUGGAUACUACCUCUACAGGAGAUGAAUUCUUUGACGCUGAAGAUGCUACAAGGGUCGUCAAGAUUGAUGCCAGCGACGAUGAGCCGCACGAGUCAGACGCUGAUGAUGCCUCUUCGCAUGAUAACUCGUCUAUUUCAUCCGUCGAAGAGGAGGAGAGUCUUGUUCCGUUGCCUCUUGAUGUCACAGUUGGCCGAAGAACCGGGAUACCGCCUGCGAUGGUUUUGCCCCCCAGUCUGAUUGCGUUUGUUCGGAAGAAUGUUGGCAAAGAUCUUAGUACCAUCAGCAUGCCCGUUUCCGCCAACGAGCCCAUCUCCCUGCUACAGAAGAUUGCAGAGCAACUAGAAUAUGCGCAGCUUUUGGACCAGGCUGCUAAGCGCGGAUCGGUAACCGAGCGACUGCUGUACGUUACCGCCUUUGCCGUCUCACAGUUUAGCAGUGGUCGUGCCAAGGAGCGAGCUAUCCGCAAGCCGUUUAACCCUCUGCUGGGAGAGACGUUUGAAUUGGUGCGUUCGAACAAGGAAACCCCUGGCGGCUUCCGCUUGCUUGUGGAGAAGGUUCAACAUCGACCUGUCAAGUUGGCUAUGCAAGCUGAAUCUGCCAGUUGGUCGCUCUCUCAAUCUGCCGCCCCAGGUCAGAAGUUUUGGGGCAAAAGUGCCGAGAUUACGACUGAUGGUCGUGUAAGAGUUGUGCUGCGACUGUCAGACGGAUCAGACGAGCUGUACUCGUGGAACAUUGCCACGAUGUUUUUGCGAAACGUGGUAAUGGGCGAGAAGUACGUGGAGCCUGUCGGAACGAUGAAUGUGACCAACGACUCGACCGGCCACAAAGCAGCCGUUGAGUUUAGAAGCAAGGGCAUGUUUGGUGGAAGAGCCGAAGAUGUCAAUGUGGAGACGUUUGGACCAGAUGGCGGCAACACGGGCAGUGGACUCACCGGCACCUGGACUAACGGACUCAAGACGGCCGGCCCUGGAAAAUCAGGAGGCGAAGAGAUUUGGCAUGUCGGCAAAAUGGUGGACAAUCCUACCCAGACGUAUGGAAUGACGGCAUUCGCAGCCUCGCUUAACGAAAUCACAGAGAUUGAGAAGGGCAAGCUGCCGCCGACCGACUGCAGAUUGCGUCAGGAUCAGCGACUCGCCGAGCAGGGCAACCUAGACGAGGCCGAGAUCUGGAAGGUCAAACUGGAGGAAGCACAGCGAGCUCGUCGCCGCGUCUUGGAAGAGCGAGGCGAGCAGCACAAGCCACGGUGGUUCGUCAAGGCGGAAGAGUCUCCGGAGGGAGAGGAAGUGUGGAGGAUCAAGACGGGCAAGGACAGCUACUGGGAAGAGCGUGCAAAGGGUGCUUGGACUGGCAUUGAGGAGAUUUUCAGCGUGCCUGGGGAGUAG